AUGGCUAGUCAGAGCAGCGAUGAGCUGUGUACAGCCAUGCUGGGCCCAUCGGCUGACGCAGAGGCAGCAACGUGGGUCCCCUCUCGUGCGUCCCCGCAUCCCAACGUGGAUUCACGGGAGAGUUCGGAGAAGCAGGGCGACCAAGCCGAGAGCCCAGAUCCCGUCUCCCAAGACAACCCGCCACCACAGGGCGCAGACUACGGUGUGGCCAACCAGAGUAUUCUUCAGCUCUCCCUCCCAAGAAAGCUCUGGACGAUGGCGGAGGAGCCCGCCUUCACCUCUGUGCGCUGGAAUGACAAGGGAGAUAUGGUGAUCGUCGAGGAAGACCUCUUCCAGAGGGAGGUUCUUCACCGCAGAGGCGCAGACAGGAUUUUCAACACAGACAGCUUGACGACUUUCAUCCGCCAAAUGAACCGGCACGGAUUCAGCAAAAUACGCCUGACCAGCCACUCUCCAGGGAAGAAGAGGCUGAUGGUAAAGUAGAAAGCCCUUCCGCUGCCCACGUUCUCUUGU